UAAGUACGAGGAGGCCAGGCUGGCGCGCGCACUUAUACGAAGUAUCGUUCCCGAGUGCAUCCGCGCAGAAUCCUUGCCCGAGAAGUCGUCAUGCUGCGACUCAUCCUCCUCGCUAUUCUCGUCGGCGUGGCGUGGUCCGCGCCAGCGCCGGCACCCAAACCGCUCACCGUCAUUUCCGAGCUGAAAACCCCGGCGUCAACCGCCAAGCUCACCCCGCUGGUCGCGCCAAUCGCCCCGCUUGCAACACCAGUAAUCGCACCAGUUUCUCGUCUCGCCUAUGCCGCACCCGUUCUCUCACAAGUAUCGCCAUACGCUUAUUAUUCCGCGCCGAUCGCGGAGAUCCCGUCGAGUUACUCGAUCGAGCAGCAUGGGUACCAUAUUACCUACUGACCGCAAAAAUCAUCGGACCGGUAGCCGACGACCUCACUAAAGCCCGUGUGGAAGUAUACAUAGCAACUCGCAGUUUGUCUCCUCAUCGAUAAUCAUCGUCUAUCGUGUAAUCUCAUCCACGUAAAAAAAAAGAACUUGAUGAAAGUCA